AGCCUGCGGAGGCCUGAGACCCAGAGAGUGUUAAAGAGACAGCCAGAGACAGUCCAGGGGUAAGCCCCUUCACGCCUUCAUUAUGGACUCCGCUGGCUCUGUCAUCCACGUGGACUUCCCAGACGUGGCCAGUUCCCUCCUGGAGAGCCUGAAUCAGCAGCGCAUGGAAGGAAAGCUCUGCGACGUGUCCAUCCACGCCCAAGGACGCGUGUUCCGUGCCCACCGCGCCGUGCUGGCUGCUUCCUCCCCGUACUUCCAUGACCAAGUGCUGCUUAAAGGCAUGAGCUGCGUGGCGUUACCUGGGGUCGUGGAUCCUGGGGCGUUUGAGGCCGUGCUCUGCGCUGCCUACACGGGCCGUCUCACUAUGUUGGCCGACGAGAUAGUCAACUACCUGACGGUGGGCAGCGUGCUACAGAUGUGGCACGUGGUGGACAAAUGCUCCGAGCUUCUAAAAGAGUCGCGUGGUGGCACCAGUUGCGGUGGCGGAGGUGGUGGUGGUGGCAGCGGUGAGGGGACAUCUGGUGGAAGUGCCCCUACCCCUCAACGUCCUCACUCAGGCCGAGCCAGCGAGAACCAGUCUCCGAGUAGCAGCAACUACUUCAGUCCUCGCGAGGCGCCUCCCGAGCCUUGCGGCGACCGGAGCCGGAGGAGGAGCGAGGCGGCCGUCGAAGCUGCCGAAGAGGCGGGUGGAGAGGCUGAGCAAGGUGGCGGGGAAGCGGCGGUGGCGAGCUGCUCUAGUUACCGUAGGCCGAGUAUCGUGCCGCAGAGGCACUGGGUGUAUGUGAAGAAGGAGCGGCCCCACCAGGGCCUUUUGUUGACCUGCGAGGGAGAGGAAGAAGAAGAGGAAGAUGACCUUGAGGAAGAUGAAGAAGAGGAAGAGCACUUGAGCAUCAGUGAUGUACGAACUUUAAAUGCUCCCGAGGAGCAAGUGAACUUCUGUGAGCCGUCGGAUGGCAUGCCCUACGAGGAAGGGUCAGGAGGUGGCUCGGGUUACCCGCAAGGUCCUCCACUUCUGCCCCUGGACAUGCAAGGGAAUCAGCUUCUGGUUUUGCCUUCGGGACACGGGGCGGCGGGGCAAGGUGGGUCAGGGGCCAGCCAAGGAGGCGAAGGCGGCAAGAUAUUCUUGUGCCACUGUGGAAAGGCAUUCUCGCACAAGAGCAUGCGCGACCGCCACGUCAACAUGCACCUCAACCUGCGUCCCUUCGAUUGUCCUGUGUGCGGAAAAAAGUUUAAAAUGAAGCACCACCUCACGGAACACAUGAAGACGCACACCGGGGUCAAACCGUACGAGUGCGAGGUCUGUGCCAAGAAAUUCAUGUGGAGGGACAGCUUCAUGAGGCAUCGGGGGCACUGUGAAAGGAGACACAGGGCAGGAGCCGGUGGGGGCCAAGGGAUGAAAGAGACUCCAAGCGUAUGACGGGAACGUGGUGCACACGAGGGACUCCUGCUGUGACUGGUACUGGGAGACGGGGAGGAGCGGGUUGGAGAGACGUUGGCGAGGGAGGGUCAAAGGAGUCUUCCGGUGCUUUGAGAAAGCUUUAAGGUGGAUGGGCUGGUGGGAGGGGGGCAGUAAGAAACCUGAUGUGUAAGAGACUGUUACUGAAAUGGCACAAAGAA